UUUUAUGCUGAGUAUAAAGAUGUACCGAAUUGGUUACACAAAACCUUUUAUGGCAUUUUUGUGUAUAUUUAUUUUUAUCUUCAGCCUCAAAAUCAUUAUAUUGGACACAUACUUUGAAAAUAUGGACACCACAGCUUAUUCAGUACACAGUGCAAAUAAAACUACAAAAGAAGUACGAUAUUGGUUGUCAACGUUGAAGAUAGAUGGCAAUUAUGUAUAUAAAAAACACCACAAAUUGCCAAUCUGCACUCUACCUCUCGACUUAGGUCCUUACAAUAUUGAACUGAAUGUGUCUUUUGAUUACUCAAAAUUACAAAAUGCAAAUAUACCGUUUGGAGGCCACAACAAGCCUGACAACUGUACAGCUCUACAGAAAAUUGCUAUAAUCAUCCCAUUUCGAAAUAGAGAACCACAUCUUAAGAUCUGGCUGUAUAACAUGCAUCCCUUCCUACAGAAACAACAGGCAGACUAUGGUAUUUAUGUUGUGGAGCAGCAUGGAAAUUCAAAAUUCAACCGAGCCAAACUGAUGAAUAUUGGUUACAAAGAAGCAGUAAAGGAAUAUGAAUACAAUUGCUUUAUCUUCAGUGAUGUCGAUAUCAUUCCAAUGGAUCAGAGAAAUUUAUACAGAUGCUCAGAACACCCAAAACAUAUGGCUCAUUCUUUAGACAAGUUUAAAUUCAGGCUACCAUACGAAACAUUGUUUGGCGGAGUAGUGGCUUUUACAAAGGAGCAGUUCUUACAAGUAAAUGGUUUCUCUAACAUGUUUUGGGGCUGGGGAGGAGAAGAUGAUGAGCUAUAUGAAAGGGUAAAAGCUGCAGGGAUGCAGAUUAAACGCCAUGAUUACAAUAUUUCAAAAGCAAAAGCAAUUCUACACCACAGAGACGUUGGUAAUGAACAAAAUCCAAAAAGUGUCCAUUUGAUAGGAAACGCAUCAAAACGAAUGCAUUUUGAUGGACUGAAUUCAUUAAAAUACACAGUUAUCAGUAUUACGAAACAUAGACUAUACACCAUGGUGACAGUUGACAUUGGUGUACCGGAAGAAUUUAUCAACUAGAAAGCAUGAUCCGUGAAAGAUAUUUUGCAAACAUUCGUGGCUUCUACAAGAAUGAAAGAAUUUCAGAAAAAAGUGAUGACUAGUGUCAAGUAUUACGAGCUUAGCUGCCCAUAGCAACCAAUCAGAUUCCACCUUUCAUUUUAAAUAGGUCCUUGGAAAAUGAGGAGUGGAAUUUGAUUGGUUGCUAUGGGCAACUAAGCCAGUUCUACUGUAUAUCAAUUUGAUAAAUUUCCCCCACAGUACAGAAGAACUGGUGGAUGCAACAGAUGAAGAUAUUUUACAGAGCAAUUACAACCCUAGAAACUUCUUAAUACACUUUUUAUGAUUGUGUAGAUGCAAAUCCCUCUAAACAGAUUUCCAUUGAUCAUUUGAAAAGCAACCAUGCAAGAUGUGCAUCUGCUUGAAGAACUUGAUGCUUAUUCUACAUUCUUAUAUUGUAUAUUAAUAUUCAGGGGAAAUAGUUACAGAUCUGAAUUGAUUUACUUCACAUAGUAUGAGUAGUAUGAGUAAUAGAGAGAACAGGUCAUGAAAAAGUCUAGGUUUAAAUCAUGUGUGUGACCCACUGAAUUAUUUCCUUCAUCCAAAAUAUGCAUCUUCUCUGUUGUGUUCAAAAUAAUAGCAGUAUGUUUAAAAGCUCAAAAUCCUUCUAAUAGCUUUUAUUUCCACAAAUGC